GACGAAACAAAAACACAAAUAUAACAACUCACUGCUCAAACAUGACAGCUGACGUCGACAGUAUAAUGCCCGAAGUGCCUGAUACUUCAGAAUAUGAAAAAACCAUUGGCAACAUAAAGGAUAUCCCCCAGGAAGUUAAGGUGAUCAAGAAAAAGUUGAACGGGUACGUUGGAUUUGCCAACUUCCCCAAACAAUGGCACAGAAAGUCCAUUAGGAGAGGAUUCAACUUGAACUUGUUGGUAGUUGGAGAAAGUGGAUUGGGAAAAUCCACCUUGAUCAACACCUUGUUCAACAAGGAAAUCUUGACCCACCGUGAGCCUGAAGCCGUCGAUGAAGACGCUGGUGCUGAUUCGGUUGAUGCCGUCAAGGUGCAAUCUUUCAAAGAUGUGGUUGAAGAAGACGGGGUGAAGUUGAACUUGGAAAUCCUCACUACCCCCGGCUUCGGCGAGUUGACCAACAACACCGAUCUGUGGAAGCCAGUGGUGGACGAAAUCAAUAGCAGGUUCGAUGGGUUCUUGGAAAGCGAGAGCAGAGUUAACCGGUCUACCAUUGAAGAAAAGAGAAUCCACGCGUUGUUGUAUUUCAUUGAACCAAGUGGCCACUCUUUAAGAGCCUUAGAUAUCGAAUUCAUGAAGCAGGUCCAUGAAAAGGUCAAUUUGAUCCCCAUUGUGGCCAAAAGUGAUACGCUUUCUGAAGAAGAAACCGCAGGGUUCAAGAAGAGAAUCUUGGCCGAUAUUGACCACCAAGGAAUCAGGGUUUUUAAGCCCAUCCAAUACGAUAAUGAUGAUGAAGAAACCUUAACUAUCAGCAAACAGAUCAUGGAUAAAGUGCCAUUUGCCGUGGUAGGAUCCACUAGAGAAGUGCAAAAUGCUCAAGGUAAAUUGGUUAGAGGCAGAAGUUAUCCAUGGGGAACCAUCGAGGUCGACAAUGAGGAUCACAAUGACUUUACCAAGUUGAAGCAAUUGUUGAUUAGAAACUACUUGGAAGAGUUGAAAGAGCACACCGCCAACUAUUUGUAUGAAAAGUACAGAACUGAGAAAUUGGUCAAGAUGGGUAUUGAGCAAGAUGAUACUGUCUUUAGAGAAUUCGAUCCGGUUGCCAGACAAGAGGAAGAAAGAACCUUACACGAGGCCAAGUUGGCAAAAAUGGAAGCCGAAAUGAAGGCGGUCUUUCAACUGAAAGUUACUGAAAAGGAAAAGAAGUUACAGAGAAGUGAAGCAGAUUUGUUCGCCAGGCACAAGGAAAUGAAAGAUAAAUUGGCCAAGCAGAUCAAGUUAUUGGAAGACAAGAAGGCCCAAUUAGAGAAACAAAAAACCUUGCCCCAAGACCCUCCUGCUUCUCAACCAGCUCCUCAGAAGACUCGUAAAGGGUUCUUACGUUGAGCUUACUCUACUAUGUAUACGAGUUAUUUUUGUACCAAAUGCGAAGUGUCCCACAAUCGGAAAUCCA